AUAUGCACAAUAAUGGUCGAAGAUAAGAUGGUUGAUAUAUAAGUAAUCGAAGGCAGGAUGAGUCGGUUUAGUUCCAAGUGAUCAUCGCCGUCAUCAUGCGCAUUCUCUUGAUCGCGGCGGCCUGCGUGGCAGCUGUCUUCGCCGCUAACGAGGAGAUUUUGCCACCCUUAGAGGGGAUGCAAAGCCUCUCUAUUUCCGUGAGCACAACGGAGCAGCUUAUGCUAUUGAAAAAUUUCGUGGACGUUCCUGGUUUCGAUUUUCUACGGACGACCGAGAGCGAGGUGGACGUGUUGGUCACGGCGGACAACGUAGACGACUUUAAGAGUCUUUUGGACCGGAAUGGCAUGAGUUACACGGUCUUGGUGCAGAAUGUCCGGGAGGCAGUCACCGAGGAAUACAUCAAUCAACAAAUUGAGCGAAGGGUGCAGUCGCUCCUUCCGCAAGAGCUGGCUGCUUCCGGAAAAUUGUCUUUCACUUACUAUCCUAAUAACAACGAAGUGGAUCAGUAUCUGAGCUACAUAGUGAAAAGCCACGGUGACGUGGCUUCGUUAAUCAACAUAGGAGCGUCCUAUGAGGGACGGCAAAUGAAAGUUCUAAGGCUGUCAACCGGUGGUAAUAAUAAGCCUGCCAUUUUUAUCGACGCCGGCAUUCAUGCCAGAGAAUGGAUCGCUCCAGUGACGUCGCUCUACAUAGUGGAUCAGUUGGUGGCGAAUAAAAAUCUUCUGAAAAAUAUCGAUUGGUACAUUCUUCCGCUAUUGAACCCGGACGGUUAUGCGUUCACGCACAGCUCAUCCUCGAACCGUCUCUGGAGGAAGACAAGGUCUGUCAACAGCGGUUCCUCUUGCCGAGGUGUCGAUGGCAACAGAAAUUACGAGAUGGGAUGGAUGGUCGCCGGCGCAUCCUCCAACCCGUGCAGCGACACUUACGCCGGGCCAAAGGCGUUCUCUGAACAAGAAAAUAGACACAUGAGGGACUUCAUCAACGCGCGCAAACAGAACAUCAAGGCUUACAUCACUUUCCACUCUUACGGCCAGUACAUUCUGUAUCCGUGGGGCUACACUCAUCAGGUACCUGCUAACGAGGCCGAAUUGAAAAAUCUUGCGGCCAAAUGCGCCACCGCCAUUGCCAGCUACCGUAGGACCAAAUACACGUACGGCACCGCAGCUAAUCACCUUUACCUGGCUGCCGGAGGAAGCGACGACUGGGCGUUGGGCAAAGCUGGCAUCAAACUUUCGUACACCUAUGAGCUACCCGGCGGAAGCUCUGGAUUCUUGUUGCCUCCUUCCGAGAUCAAAGCUGUCGGCACCGAAACAUUCGAGGCUAUGAAAGUGAUCGCUCAAUAUGUUACGGCCAAGUAACUUUCUCAGGUUUAAGCGUGUUAGUUCGUCGAUUCUGUAUAGGAAGCUUUGAGAGAUUCGGCAGUGGAUGCUUUAUAAAAUAAUAACACGAGGGACUUCUCUCAUCUAAAAU